CUUCGUAGAAGAUUUUUAAACCUUCGCUGCCAAAUUUCUCCCCUUUUCUUUUUUUUCUUAUUCUUUCCACGGUUGCUUAAUACUAUUUCCAAUGGCAUCGUGAUCGUCUUUAUCUCUCUCUCUCUCUCUCCUCCUUUUAUUGCGUCUUUUCCAAUUUUCCCAAUUCUUCUUAAAACCCUAAUUUUCGUUAUCUAAUUAUCUGUAAUUCUUACCUCGAAUCGGCGAACUUCUACCCACCAGAAAAAAACCCUUACUUUCUUCAAGCUCGAGUUUUGCGUUCUGGUUCAUCGAUUGAUGGGUCGCGGCUCAGUGACGUCGCUUGCUCCUGGGUUCCGUUUCCACCCUACGGACGAGGAACUCGUUCGCUACUACCUGAAGCGCAAGGUCUGCAACAGACCCUUUAAGCUCGACGCUAUUUCCGUCACCGAUGUAUACAAAUCCGAGCCCUGGGAUCUACCAGAUAAGUCGAAGCUGAAAAGUAGAGACUUGGAGUGGUACUUCUUUAGUAUGCUGGAUAAGAAAUACCGUAAUGGUUCAAAGACGAAUCGGGCGACGGAGAAAGGCUACUGGAAGACGACGGGGAAGGACCGAGAGAUUCGUAAUGGUUCAAGGGUUGUUGGGAUGAAGAAGACGCUUGUUUAUCACAAAGGUCGAGCUCCUCGUGGUGAAAGGACCAACUGGGUUAUGCACGAGUAUCGGCUUUCUGAUGAGGAACUGAAGAAAGCUGGAGUGCCACAAUUAUUGACUUUGUUGAGUCUUUGUGGUGGUGGGUUGGUGGCAAAGGAUGCAUAUGUGCUAUGUAGGAUAUUCCAGAAAAGCGGCACGGGGCCUAAGAAUGGGGAGCAGUACGGUGCACCGUUUCUUGAGGAGGAGUGGGAAGAGGAUAAAAUGACAUUUGUACCAGACCAAGAUGUUUUCAGUGAAGGAUUGGCUGCUGCUGAUGAUGUUUAUGUCGACAUUGAUGACAUUGACGACAUUGACGAGAAGCCUGAAAAUCUGGUGGUCUAUGAUGCCAUUCCUGUUCCACCUAAUUAUUGUCAUGGAGAAUCAAACAACAAUGUUGAAUCAGGAAACUACUCGGACUCUGGUAAUUGCAUUCAACCAGGAAACUAUGCUGUUGACUCUGGUAAUGGCAUUCAACCAGGAAACUAUGCUGUUGACUCUGGUGGCUACUUUGAACAUCCAAUUGAAACAUUUGAGGAAGAUCAGAAGCCUAUCAUUCGGGAUGGUAGCAUUCAGCCUUGUUCUCUGUAUCCGGAUGAACAAAUUGGUUGUGGUGUGCAAGAUGAGAACGCGGUGAAUCUGGAAACUUCCAACAAUAACGUGUUUGUGGCUGAUACUUGCUACAGUGACAUUCCUAUUGAUGCCAACUAUUUGCCUGACGAGCCGUUCCUCGAUUCUGGCAACAAUCUUCCACUCAGCGAUGGUCUAUUCCUGGAAACGAAUGAUCUCAGCAGUGCUCUACAAGAUGGUUUCAACUUUGAAGAUUAUCUGAACUUCUUUGACGAUGAGGGUACUCAGAAUUUGAAUCUUGAUGUUUCUCAAUUGAUUGGAUCUGAAGAUGCUCUUCCUGACCAAGAAGGCGUCGACCCGAUACCUUCCCCUGAAGAAUUGGAGAAGGAGGUCGCAGAAGGCAAAGAGGCGGUGGAGAAAAAGGAAAGGGGCGAAGGCUCUUCCUCAAGACAAGAUGCAGAUGUCACGGACUUCGAUUCAGCUUCAAAGUAUCCUUUCCUCAAGAAGGCGAGCCACAUGUUUGGAGCCAUGCCUGCUCCACCUUCAUUUCCUUCCCAGUUCAAAACAAAGGAUGCAAUGCGGCUACACGCAGCACAAUCUUCAGGUUCGGUUCACGUUACUGCAGGUAUGAUCAGAAUAUCAAACAUGACUCUAGCAGCGGAUACCGGUAUGGGCUGGUCAUAUGACAAGAACGGUAACCUCAACGUAGUCCUUUCUUUCGGCUUGGUCCAACGGGAUGAUGCGGUGAGUUCCUCUGGAAGCAAGAGAGGAACUACAGCGACCAGAGCUAUGUUGAUCUUCAUCUGUUUAUGGGUUCUCUUACUCUCUGUUAGCUUCAAAAUAGGAACCAUGGUCUCUGCUCGGUGAUAUAGCACCAAGAGUUGAAUCGUCUCAAGCAAAAACUUUUUUUUUCGUGUUUGUACCUCUCCAAUUAUAUAGGAUUUACCUCGGCAGUGCUUUGCUGCCCAAUAUUUAAUUUUCCUUUUAAUGGUUUUGUGUAGUCUGAAUUCUCAUUUACAAUUUCUAGCUUGAGCUUCUAGAAAUAAGAACAUAAGCAACUUUCCGUUUCUUUCUUUUUAUGGCAGUCAUCAUUUGAUC